CCAGGUCAUGGAAGACUCAUGCAGCAGACAGCCAGCUGAAGGACAUGGAGUUAAGUUUUCCUAACAAAGUGCUGGAUCUGAUGGAGGUUCUGCCAAACAUGGACGUCAGUGACAUGUUUGAGAGUGACGACUACAACCACACCUCUCGCUUCCACAUGGCUACCGGCUGGUGUAAUAACCUCAACUUCCCCUCCUUUGGUAAAGUGCAGUUCACACGAGCAAUGUUUCCCCAAGUUCUGGGAUUCUUUGUUUCCCUUUCCAAGGAAAAUGUUUCCCUCCUUGCUGGAUCUCCGUUCACACGGUUUGAGAAUUUGCUGCUGAGAGCGGCAGUGCACUUAGCGGCCGGUAUCGAACUUACCAUUGUUUACCAACACAUGGCCAUGGUGAGUCACACAGAACACUUCAGAAAUCAAGGAAUGAGAGGCCUCACUCAGCAGCAGUGUGGCUACCUACUGUUAGCUAUCUAUCUCUUGAGGGAGCGGGAUGAACCACCCCGUGUCUGGACGCGCCCCUGGCUGUCAAGAAGGCUUCAGGAGAGUGUCUACUUCAGGCUGGUGAGGGAGCUCAGUUUGGAGGACCCAGAUUUACUUCGGGAGUGGAUUCGCCUAGACCGCACCCAAUAUCAGCAUGUGCUACGACUCGUGACGUCUCUCAUUGAAAAACAGGGCACCAACAUGAGGCAGCCUGUCAGUGCUGGGGAGCGUUUGAUGCUCACUUUAAAAGAUACCUUGUAACAGGUGAGAUGCAGAAAUCCCUGGCUUACCAGUUUCGAGUAACUUGCAACCUGGUCUGCAGGAUCAUCCCAGAGGUGUGUCAGGCAGUUUACCAUGUUUUAAAACCAACAUACCUGAAGAUGCCCAGCACCACAGAAGAAUGGCAGCAAAUUGCUAGCAAUUAUUACUCGCAAUGGUAGUUCCCAAUGUACUUAGGGGCCCUGGAUGGUAAAAGAAUACUUAUUCAAAAACCAUCUAAUACAGGGUCUCAGUUCUGUUAUUACAAAGGUCAUUUCAGUAUGAUACUUUUAGCUCUGGUGGAUGCUGACUAGAAAUUUAUUUAUGUAGAUAUUGGAGCUUGUGGCAGGGCAAGUGAUGGAGGAGUUUGGGACAGGUGUUCUCUGAUAAGGGCUAUAGAAAUGGAAGACAAUGUUCUUAUUAUACCCCCGAGUAACACCUUUCCCUUUUCUGACAAAAAAUGUCCUUGUGUUCUGGUAGGAGAUGAAACUUUUCCUCUUAAAUCUAACUUAAUGAAACCUUAUCCAGGAAGACAGUUAACUGAUGAAAAUAAAAUAUUCAAUUAUCGCCUUUCACGAGUUAUGGCUUCACAUUUUCUAGUAUUUAUAUCACCCAUCAGAGUAUCUCCUACUACAACUAAGGACAUUUCACUUGCUGCUGUCACAUCGCAUAACUACCUAAGAGUUAGCUCCAAGCAGUCUUAUGUGCCACCAGACAUGGUAGACAGGGAGGAUGUGCAUAAUCUUAACUUCCAUCAAGGUCAGUGGCAUCAGCAUCCUCCUGAGGCACUUGAAAGGCUGCCAUUGCUAGCCAGAGGCCAUACACGGGAAGCCGUGUCUCGUCUCGUCUCCUCUCUCUUGUCUCGUCUCGUCUCUUCUCUCAUCUCGUUUCGUCUCCUUUCUCUCGUCUCGUCUCCUCUCUCUCGUCACGUUUUGUCUCCUCUCG